AGCGGGUUGGGUUGGCUCCAGGAAAAUAUUCCUUCAAUAUGCGGGUUGGGGUGAGCCGUCGAAAUUCGACGGACGGAGCCGCUCCGCUCGGGUUGGGACGGUUCACGUGCCUGGCACCUUAUCCCUUCACCUCUCCCAUCACUCCACCGCUCCGACCGACACCGCCCAUCCCCAUCACCGCCACCCGGCCUCGCCAUCGCGCCGGCCGCGCCUGGUCCGCCGCGCGCGUCCUGCCCGGUCCGCCGUGUCCGCCCGAAGCGCUGCGCCCGCCUGUCCGCCGAGAAGAGCCACACCCGCCAGUCUGCCUAGAAGAGACGCGACUGCCUGGUCCGCCCGAAGCGUCGCGCCGCCGGCCUGCAGGUCCGCCCGAAGCGCCGCGUCGGCCGCCUGUAGGUCCGCCAGGAGGAACCGCCCCGCCGCUUCCAGAGAUGAAUACCAGGCUCAAGGCAUUUGUUUUUGCUGCUGCUGCACAUUGGUUGUUGUGUGUCAUGGCAAUUGUUGCUCGGCCUAGGAAAAGAAAACGGGUUGCAAGAAGGGAGGGGAUUACUUAUGCACCAAUAUAUGAAAGGGAUAGGAAGAGAAUGGAAUACCUCGAUGACAAAAUCUGGAGGAAUAACACAACUUGUUUAAACAUGCUGAGAAUGAACAAAGCACGUUUCUUUAGGUUUUGUAAGUUGUUUAGAGAUCGUGGUUUACUUGAAGAUACCGUUCAUAUGUGUGUUGAGGAGCAAGUGGCAAUGUUUCUGCAUACUGUGGGGCACAAUGUCAGGAAUAGAGUAAUUGCAACCAAUUUUGGUAGAUCCGGAGAAACGGUCGGUCGUUAUUUUAACAAAGUCCUUCAUGCUAUUGGUGAGCUACGAGAUGAUUAUAUUAGGCCCCCUUCAUUGGACACUCCACCUAAAAUUGAAGGAGACACCAGGUGGUAUCCAUAUUUUAAGGAUUGUAUAGGAGCACUUGAUGGUACACAUAUUAGAGCCACUAUUCCAAAGGAAAUGCAGCAUGCUUUUCGUGGUAGAUACAAGCAUUGUACUCAAAAUGUACUGGCAGCCGUAGAUUUUGACCAAAAGUUCACGUAUGUGUUGGCCGGAUGGGAGGGGACAACACAUGGUGCACUAGUUUUACGUGAUGCUUUAUCACGUGAAGGUGGCCUUCGUGUGCCACAAGGUAAAUAUUAUCUAGUUGAUGCUGGAUAUGGAGCGAAACCAGGAUUUUUACCCCCUUUUCGGGGUGUACGAUACCACUUGAAUGAAUGGGGGAGUAAUCCGGUGCAAAAUCAGAAGGAAUUGUUCAACCGUAGGCACUGCUCAUUGAGAAUAAUAGUUGAGCAAGCAUUUGGGGCACUGAAAAGGAGAUUCAAAGUUCUUGACGAUGCCUCUACAUUUUUUCCUUAUGAAACUCAAGUUGAUAUUGUUGUUGCUUGCUGCAUUAUUCAUAAUUGGGUGAUUGAAGAUGGGAGUGAUGAAUUCAAUGUCCCAAGUGACAACGAUGAGGACACCCAGCAUACCACAUAUGCUGGGACAGCAAGUGAGAAUGCCUGCCAUUAUGCUAGCUUUUAGGGAAGGCUUGGCUGACCAAAUGUGGGCAGAUCGUCUAAGCCAUGGAAACUAGUGUUGGUCAAUGUAAUUUGUGUUGUAUUUCAUUUGUUUGGACCAUGUAAUCUUUGUAUUUGACGGCUGAAAUUGUAUUUGAGGACAUAUUUGUUACAAAUAAUUGAUUGCUUCUUGUUGGCAUUAUUAUUUGAGGACA